AUGCAGUGGCGAGAUGACGCGGUGCAGGCAGAUCCGCAACGGCAGAAGGGAACAAGGGGCAGCCGUGAGCCUGCGACCCCUCUCCUAUCGCCUGGUGAUCUGGGCACUGGCCGCAGCUGGCCGGCUGGAGACCCUGCCGCAGCUUGCAGGAGACGGGCGGGAGGCACGCAGACGCCAGACGCGCAGCCAAUGCCCUCUGCAAGGAAGGUAGUGAUGGCGAGCGUCGGAAUCGCACGGACAGCUGGGAGUCCGCAGUCGAGACCUCACCGGGAGGACGGCGUGGAACAGCGGCCGGCGGGCAUGGGCGCGGCCGGGUGCUUCGGCAGGGGCGGCGUGGCGCGUCGGGCAGUGGCCGCGCGGCGCGGCCGGGCGAGGGCAGCGCGGCGGCCGGGCGUCGCGGCGCGGCCAGGCGAUUCGGCAGGUGCGGCGCGGCCGGGCGGGGGCAGCGCGGCGGCCAGGCAGUGGCCUCGCGGCGCGGGCGGGCAGGGGCAGCGCGGCGGCCGGGCGACGCGGCGUUCGCGGGCAGUGGCAGGGGCGGGCGGCGCUGACAACUGCACCAAGUUCGAUGACAUCUACACAAAGCACAUCGACAUCAACACUCGCCUCUCCAACUUUGCGGAGGACUGCUCGGUGCUCAAUGCUGCUGCAGAGGUCAAACACGAGGAGGAGACCCUUGCAACCAGUCUGAAGAUAGCUACAAGGGCCACCAUGGAGAACACAGGCUGCGACUUCAUCAUGUCAUAG